AUGGCAUAUAGACCACAAGGACCUCCAGGAGGUAUGAGAGGCUCAUCGCCAGGACCAGGAGCGGGAGGUUCCGCAUUGCCUCAAGUCAGCCAGCCUCAGACCAUGGCGUACUCUGCUCAAUUUGGCGCGAGUCCGAAUGCUCAACAGCAGCACUUUCAGCAACAGCAAUAUCAACAGCAGCAGCAGCAGCAGCAGCAGCAGCAGGCCGGUGCUGGAACUGGCAGACCCAUGUACGGACAAGGAACCAUUCCUACCCAGGGCUAUGGCUAUGCUCCUGCCGGCCAAGGCGGCUUUGCCGCAAAUCAGGGUAAGAGUCGUGUGGCACAGCGAAGUGUCUGUCCCUUGACAUUCCAGACUAACGUGGCGAGAGCAAUCUUCAUGCUCCGCAUGAUCGCAGCUUACGCGCAGCAAUACGGAUCACCCCUGUCCGCCCAAAUUGCAAAUGCGGCACUAGCGCAUCAAGCUCAAGCACCUCCUUCACAGCUGCAACAUCCUGCCAUGUCGCAGGCAGCAGCCUUGCACCAAGCACAAUUACUGGCUGCUCAGCAAGCUCAGAUGCACUACCAGCUCCAACAACAGCACGCGUACGCACAGCAGCAAGGCUUGGCGCCUCAGGCGCAGCAAUACCCCCGCAGUCCCAGCGGCUCUCCCACUAGAGCUCCGGCUGCUGCUGCGUACGCCCCCAGAUCGCCCGGCCGAUCCCCAUCUCCUCAGCCUCCUCAAGCUCAGGCUGCAAAUAGCACUGGGCCGCAAGCGAUGCAAGGCGUCAUGUCUACGCCCACAACGACAAGUGCUUCCUCUCCAAAGACGUCGGCUCCGACGUCCACUGCGGGUGAUAAAGGAGACGAUUACGUCUACUUUGAGAGAGCGACGCAGGGCAUGGCAAAGACGACGCUGGACGCGGCCACAGGCGCCAAGUUGAAGUUGGAGCACUUCUACAAGGUCGCUGUAGAGCAGGCCAUUGAGAGGAGUCAGAGGUGAGCGCAGCGUGGUGUAGAGUGUCGAAGUUACAAACGUUGACAUUGUGCUCCUUCCGCAUGCAGACGGGUUGAAUUAGAGAAGCGCCUCGCAUCAGAGACUGGCACGUCCGAUGAGCGCAAGAACAGGCAGUUGACGGCGCUAGGCAGAAGAGAGUCAGGGUUCUUGCGGUUGCGCAGAACGCGGCUGGGCUUGGACGACUUCAGGACUGUCAAGGUGAUCGGCAAGGGCGCAUUUGGAGAAGUGCGACUCGUGCAAAAAGUCGACACGGGCAGAAUCUACGCUAUGAAGACUUUGAAGAAGAGCGAAAUGUUCAAGAAGGACCAGGUGAGUAUGGACGCAAAAGGGACGACUGUGCAUUUCAGCUGAAGUGCUUCACUCGACUUCCUCGCAGCUUGCACAUGUACGGGCGGAGAGAGACGUUCUUGCAGAGUCGAACUCUCCCUGGGUUGUGCAGCUGUACUACAGCUUCCAAGACUCUCAGUACCUCUACCUGCUCAUGGAAUUCUUGCCGGGAGGCGACCUCAUGACAAUGCUCAUCAAGUACGACACUUUCUCCCACGAUGUGACUCGCUUCUACAUGGCCGAAUGCGUGCUAGCCCUGGAAGGCAUCCACAAAUUGGGCUUCAUCCACAGAGACAUCAAACCGGACAAUAUCCUCAUCGAUUCCAAGGGCCACAUCAAGCUUUCAGACUUUGGUCUGUCUACUGGCUUUCACAAGCAGCACGAUUCUGCUUACUAUCAGCGACUGUUUGAUGGUAACAACAGCAACCCGCAACAGACUGGUCGCAACAGUGUGGCGGUCAAUCCAAUCACUCUCACCCUCAGCUCCAAAGACGCCAUUGCGACCUGGAAAGCGAACAGGCGAAAGCUGGUGAGUAGAUGCGCGCGCAAGCGAAUAUGAAGCUUGUGCCCAAAACUGAAACGUCGUUCGACAGGCCUACUCCACCGUGGGCACACCAGACUACAUCGCGCCCGAAAUCUUCCUGCAGCAAGGCUACGGCAACGAGUGCGAUUGGUGGUCAUUGGGUGCGAUCAUGUUCGAGUGCUUGUGCGGCUAUCCGCCAUUCUGCUCCGAAAAUGCGCACGACACGUACCGCAAGAUUUUGGCGUGGAGGGAAACGUUGCAAUUCCCGGAUGAUAUUCAUCUGAGUCCGGAAGCGGAGGAUCUGAUCAAGAGGUUCAUCUGCGCGCCCGAGAAUAGGCUGGGAAGAAAUGGAGCGACAGAGAUCAAGGAGCACCCCUUCUUUGCGGGAGUGGAUUGGGACUCGAUCAGAGCGAUCGAUGCGCCAUUCGUACCGCAGCUCAAGAGCGUCACCGACACUAGCUACUUCCCCACCGAAGAGUGCGUUGGGGUUCCGUGCUUCGAUGGUGGCUUAGGCAUACGACAGACUGACCUUCUGUUCCGCAAAUUUUGUCCCAUAUCGCACAGUUAUCAAGACGUGCCAGACGUACCGGCCGGCGCAGAUGUCGGGCCUGGUGCUACGAGAGACCUUGCCUUGUGAGUUGGGGUUUCAGCAUAUGUUAGGAAUAGCUUGUCGCCUGUAUGCGUCGCCGCUGACCUGGCAACAACUCUUCUUUGCGACGCGCUUUUUCAGCCUGGGCUACACGUUCCGUCGGUACGCUAUCGAUGCUCCUGACGCUUACUGA